GUUACCUGUAUCGCGAUCAACAUUCUUGGUUACAACCAACUGACUCUUAUAAUUUAAAUUGCGCGUUUCAUGUAACCAAACUUGUUUUUCCCCCUGGGACGUCUCUAUCCUAUCAAAGGAAUAUGAAACGCAAAUACCCACAGAGUACCGCAACCACAGAUUCAACCAUUAGAAGAGUUAUUGACUCCGCAACCACCGAGCAUGUGGCUUUCAGCCAGGAUGUCAAUGCAAAGGAUGGGAAAGAUGACAAUGAUGAUAUCAUUGACGAUGAUUAUGACUUGUUCGAUGAGAUAUUUUCCCACCAUAUCUUGAAUGAUAAAAUCACAUUGCAUCAGAGCAGAGAGACACCCGACUCCCAGAAUCAGAUCAUUGCAUCCCCUCAAAGAGCCUCAAACUACACUCGGAAAUCCAGCAGCCUGCCUCAACGUUUUAUAAUUUCAUAUCCUCCAGAUGUUCGACCACAACAAUCAUGUUCUCUCUCUCAGGAAAAGGGCCUUCCUUGGGUACAACAGUUUCCGCCCUCUAAUCUAGACGAGCUGGCAGUUCAUAAGAAAAAGGUGUCUGAUGUGAAGAACUGGUUAGUGAAUUCCUUUCACAGAAGUGGAAGACAGCUGCUUGUUCUCCGAGGGCCUGCAGGAAGUGGCAAAACGACCACAAUCUCAUUAUUGUCCAAGGUACUGGAUUUUGAUAUCCUUGAAUGGAAAAAUCCUUCAACAUCUGAGUUGGUCACUACAACACAUAUAUCAGCUGCUUCCCGCUUCGAAGAAUUUUUGGGUCGUGGCAAUGAGUUUGGGGGUCUUGAUUUGAGUGGAGUGAACGGAUCUCCUGUGACUGUAACAGACGACCGCAUUGCCUCUACUUCAAAGCGACGUAUCAUACUCAUCGAGGAAUACCCUACGCUUACAGGUCAAUCAACUAAUUUGCCUGCCUUCAGACUAACCCUUCAAAAGUGUUUGUCGGCCAAACCAGAGCAAGCCAAAACGGAGAGUGGCGAGCCAGUGACCUCUCCAAUUGUGAUCAUCGUCUCUGAGACGCUUCUUGACUCGCAAUCUUCCCAGUCAGAUAAACUAACCGUACACCGGCUACUGGGCCCAGAGCUAUACAACCAUCCAAGAACGAGCAUCAUUGAUUUCAACGCUAUAGCCCCGACAAUUAUGUACAAAGCUUUGAAUCUUGUUCUAGAAAAGAAAGCCUCUAUUUCUGAUCGUGAAGCCCCUCCAAGUUCCGCUAUUCUGCACAGUAUAUCCAAAAUAGGGGAUAUUCGCAGUGCAAUUUCUUCGCUACAAUUUCUCUGCUUGAAAUCCGAAGACUUCCAGCCAGCCAAUACUUCAAUCAGUGCUGUGAAGUCAAAACGAGGUCGAACAACCCUCACAUCAAUAGAAAGGGAGACGUUGCAGCUAGUGACACAACGAGAAGCAAGCCUUGGGCUAUUCCAUGCUGUUGGCAAGGUGGUAUAUAACAAACGGGCUGAUGUAGUCUCAAUGACGGGCCGCCGUCCUGUCUUACCUCCAGAGCACCUAACCCAUCAUGGACGACCACAACUGUCUCAGGUGUGUGUUAAUGAACUUGUUGAUGAGACUGGAACCGAUUACCAAACAUUCGUUAGCACUCUGCAUGAAAACUAUGUUCCAUCUUGCAAUGGGUCAUCUUUCACGGAAUAUUUAGAUGGGUGUAUAAGUGCACUUUCAGACAGUGAUGUGCUGUCUCCUCGCCUGCAAGGGCAAAGGAGACCUUGGGGGAGUGUGGAUGGGACAGGCGUUGAUAUCUUGCGUCAAAACGAUAUCAGUUAUCAAGUUGCAGCUCUUGGCAUCUUGUUUGCUCUUCCUUGCCCUGUGAUGAGGUCAACACCAUCAAAAAAAGGCCUAGGACAUACAAUAAGUACAUACUCAAUGUUCUUUCCCACCUCAUUACGUCUUAUUCGUGACAGAGAAGAGAUACAAGGCCUUGUAUCCUUAUGGUCAAGCAGGCUAUUAGACCAAUUCAGUUGGCCAAAAUUUGGCUCUAUGGUCGGUGCUAGUGGCUCUUUAUCUGGGGCAGCUAACCGAGCUGCAAACGGCAAUCACGGCAUUGAGUCAAAAAUGGUCCUGACAAGGAUAUCACGCAAUGAUCUCAUACUUCAUCAACUACCAUACUUGUCCAUGUUGACAAUUUGCAUGGAGAGCUCGAAAGAACUCAAGAGGAUCACUGAGAUAGCUGCAUCCGAGUUUCAGACAAAUGCCAUGGAAAAUAAGAAUUAUGAGUCAGACGGGCUGUCCUUCAUGACACCUGGUGUUAAUCGGAGGUAUAGUCUGUUGAAGGGAUCAGCGCUGAACGCACAUCAACGAACGAGCCAUGCUGGACUCCAGCCACUACUGGCUCUUGAAGGAAUUCCUAUCCCCAUUGAUGAUGAUAUUAUCGAUGAAAUUUAAUAUAAAGAGAUUUACUACACGGCUGCUGUGCAUGUGGCAUUGUAUGAAAUACUUAUAUCAGUUUGAACAAUCACCGACACAGGAGAUGUUUGGGGAACCGCAAAUCAUCAGUCAAAGAACAUUGUUCUUACUUGGUCAGAGGAAAUGUUCAUCUGGUGUGUAUAUAGCCUAUUAGGUGUGUAUGUAUGUGCGCCGUAGUUGCGCCCUAUUAUACGCCAGCCAGAUUCCACCUAUGCCAUGUG